GAAGGCCUUAAAUCAUGAGCUUUCUAAACUUUUCAAUGAGAUGUGGGAUAUGGAUGUUAACCGCCUUAUGCCUGGGAAAGACUACACAAUUGAUUUGCAGGGAAAAGCGGGUGCCGCACAGCAAGGUGACAGUGCUAUCCAGGACAACGCAGCCAGAUGUCUGUUUCACAACGUAAAUGAAGAACGCCUGAAGAACAUAAAAACGUUUGCAACCUUUAUUUCCUUAUUGGACAACUAUGAGACAUCAACCGGUGUACCAGAAGUAGUGACUCCAGAAGAAACAGCUGAAAACAAUCGUUUUCUUGAUGCUAUCCUAGCAACAGAAGUCAUGAAAAUAGCUCAUGAAUAUCUACUUAAAAAAAACCUAGCAAAGCCAAACCUUGCCGAUUUCAAACAUCAGCUCUAUGACAUCUGGUUCCAGCUCUAUGCCAGGAAAGGAGGAGACAGACCUGAUUCUUGUGGUUUUGAACAUGUUUUUGUUGGAGAAACAAGGCGUGGUAAACAGAUCUUAGGUUUGCACAACUGGGUGCAAUUUUACCUUCAGGAAAAGCUCAACCAAAUUGACUACAAGGGAUACAUCACUCGGAAGAACAAAACCAGGCCUGACAAUGAUGACCAAGUCUUGAGCAUCCAGUUCAGCUGGAAGGGCUCUGUGAAGCCAACUGGAAGCACCUUUAUUGGUGUCAGUCCGGAGUUUGAAUUUGCCCUUUACACCAUCAUUUUCCUGCUGGCUGAAGAAAAUGUCACAUGUGUAACAGUGACGAUAGAGGAAUAUGAGCUACAGGUGGUUGUUUGCCGCCAUGGGCACCACAUUGGAACAGCACCAGCAGUGAAGACUAGUAGUUAG